AUGGACAACCUGUACAACACAUCAUCUGUUUUAGUGCUAAAUGGCUUUAAUCUAUCCUCUGAAAGUGUCUUUCCUGCGUUUCUUUUUGCAACUCUGAGCUACAUGAUCAUACUUUUCUGCAACCUCAUUCUAAUCCUCACCAUUGUACUGAACAAAUGUCUGCAUCAACCCAUGUAUCUAAUUCUGCUGAACCUUCCUGUCAAUGACCUUAUAGGCUCCUCAGCACUCUUCCCACAGGUCAUUAAAGAAAUACUGACUAAUAGUAAGACAAUGCAAUACUCCACUUGUGUUGCCCAAGCCUUUUUUAUCCACAUCUAUGCAGCAGGUACAGUGUUCAUUCUGUCUGCUAUGGCAUAUGAUAGAUACAUUGCUAUAUGCUGCCCUUUGAAAUACAACACUGUUAUGACUAAUGCCCACAUUAUGAGAAUAAUCACAAUUGUAUGGAUGAGUAGUUUAAUUAUGAUAGGUGUGCUUUUUUUUCUGCUUUUGCGUUUACCCCGCUGUCGAUCUGUAAUGACACAUACCUACUGUGAUAAUCCAUCUUUGCUGACUCUGGUCUGUGCCGACACAACCAUCAACAACAUUUAUGGUCUUUUUCUUGUUGCUCUCUCUCAAGUGAUAUCUAAUGGAACGGUUUUGUAUACAUAUCUCCAGAUCCUUGUUGCAUGCUUCAGAUCCAAACGAUCAGACACAAAAGCCAAAGCUCUGCAGACGUGUGCUACACAUCUAAUAGUUUUUCUCCUGUUGGAGUGUCUGGGUCUUUUCACCAUCAUAUCAUACAGAAUUAAGAACAUUUCACCACAUUUAAGGAGAUUCAUAGGGUUGUCGACAUUAAUUUUCCCCCCAACACUAAAUCCAAUCAUCUAUGGACUGAAAACAAAGGAAAUUCGAGAAAGAUUUCUUAAAAUUCAACGAAUUUACCUGGAGCAUGCAGAGGCGAUGGAGGGUGCAGAAGUGCUGAAGGCUGCAGAGACGAUAGAGGGUGCAGAGACACUGGAGGCUGCAGAGACGCUGAAGGGUGCAGAGACAAUGAAGGGUGCAGGGAUGCUGGAGGCUACAGAGGUCCUGGAGGCUGCACAGAUGCUUGAGGCUGCAGAGACACUAGACGCCGCAGAGGCGCUGGAGGCUGCAGAAACACUGGAGCAUGCAGAGACAAUGGAGGCUACAGAGACAUUGGAGGCUGCAGAGACGCUGAAGGCUGCAGGUGCACUGGAGCAUGCAGAGACGCUGGGGUGUGCAGAGACGAUGGAGGGUGCAGAGACACUAAAGGCUAUGGAAACAGUGGAGGCUACAAAGCCCCGGGGGAGAGACUUCCUGGUUUCGACGAAAACGGGAGGUUUCAGACCCAUUUUGGAUCUCCACAUCCUGAACCAGUGCAUGGCCCAAAAGAUGUUCCGCACACUAACAAUCAAGAAAUUGCUGGAACUGGUUCAACCAGGUGACCUCAUUGUCACAGCCAGGUCCAAGGGCAUUUUCCACAGAGCCAAGUUGGUGCUGCACUUCACCCUGUUAGGUCUCGCCAUCAACUGGAAGAGGAGCAUUCCCCGGCCACACCAACAGGUGGAGUAUCUGGGAUUCGUGCCUGACUCGGCAGGGCAGAGUCUGAUCUGCAGCCCAGUUGAAGAUGGCAGAGAACUUAUUGUUGUGGGCUUCAGAACACCUCCUGUCUCUGGGAACCCUCCAAAUUCUGUCCGCUGCACCCCAUGGUGGUACAGCAGAUUUGGAACAGGUUCGGGUAAGUGGAAAUGGACCUGUUUGCCAGUCGGAACAAAACCCACUGCCCACUCCGGUUCUCCCUGA